AUGGAUUCUCAAGAAAAAGAAAUUGAAGAAGCAGCGCUAAUCCUCUGUUCCAUGAAGCACGCGAAAGUAGACGAAGAAACAGCUCUUGAAAUUGAAAAAGCACGCCACUUUGCUCUCAAGAAACUCCAAUUUCAAAAGCCCUCGUCUCCUCCCUCUCUCAACCAUCACCGCAAACAUCUCGUCUCUCUGGUGCCUCCGUCUGUCGCCGAAGUUAUCGGAAAAUGCAGUGCUCCCAUUGAAAAAAGACUAACUGGUUCCGAUACUCAAGAAAAUCAGGUUCGCCUACUCUUGAAACACAAAGAUGUCAUACAAUUCUUGCACCCUCUUUUAAGGCCUAGUGAAGUGGACAGAAUUAAGAAAAGGGGAAUGUAUGUUGAUGUUUAUGAUUGUCAUGGAAAGAUGUAUCAGAUGGUGUUUAGGCUUUGGGGGUUAAAAGCCUAUGUCAUUACUACAAGAAAUUGGUAUGAGUUUUGUACUGAUCAUGGCUUGGAGCAGGUUCUUGAUUGGGUGACUAUUUGGAUGUUUAGGCAUAAUGUGACUGGUAGAAUCUGUUUUGUCAUCAAUUCGGAGCGAAGAAUUGUUUCCAGAGCUGUGAGGCCUGUGUUUGAUUUUCCUGUCUCGGCACGUAAGAAGAGGACUAAGAGUUGUAGCAGCAGCGAUUCGAAGAGGAGGAGAUUGAAUUAUGAUGAUGAGUGA